UGGAAUGUGUGUCCGUGCUAUAUUCCCUUCAUAUAUUGAGAGCGCGUAUUCUAUCGGUGCACGGGUUUUAAGCAUGGCGUGCGUCGUAAUCCAGGCCGAUGAUUAUACCAACGAUUAACGGUACACUUUGGCUGACCGGUUGCGAGUCACUUGACUUCGAGACUACGAUCGUAGCUCUAACAUUCCAAAUUCGUGACCACUACCACUGUCUGCUUCGAGAAUAAAAAUGAAUGAAACUAUAUCGUCAAUUAUUCCAAUAUCAAUAAAAAAUGUAAAAGAAGUUCGGAAUAAUAACCAUAAUCGGGAAGAAACAGUUUACAGCAUCCUUAAAGAGCAAAACGAGAAGAAUGAAUUAGAUUCCAAUGUAACAAAAGAUGUCACUGACCCAUUUUGGAGUGAAAGUUUUUUUGUCAAUGGAAGUCAUUACAACGGUACUUGGGACGCAGUCGGCAUGGCAGGAAUUGGCAGAUAUACUUUACUUAAUGGAACUAUUUUCGAGGGUGAAUUUCGCGAUGGUAAAUUUCACGGACACGGAACCAUGUCCUUCCCUUGCGGACAAAGCAUAGACGGGGUUUGGAUAAAUGGUAAACUGAAAAUGAAGCGGUACAAGUUCAAGGACGGUUUAGUGUUCGCUGAAGAUGAUUGGAAGUAUUGCCAAUUUCCUGACAGACGGUUAGCGUAACAUUUGACUAUAGUUUACAGUAACUUUGAUAUUUUAUUCCUCGAAGAGUUUCCAAUUUCUUCGUGUAGAUUCUAUCCGUGCAUCACGAAUUACUUGAGACCUGCACGGAAAACGUUAGAAACCAAUUUUCAUCCGCCAAAAAUAAUUCCUAUUCAUUGCUACGAUACGGGUAACGGUGUUUACUAUCCGGAUACUCAUUGUAUCAUGUCCUAUGAUUCAAAAAAGGUUAAUAUAACAAGAUCAUUUUCUCAUUUUUUUUACUGAUUCUAUAUAAAUAAUUUUUCUCAGCUAUUAUUUGAUUGGCAAGUAUGAAAUUUGUAGUA